CACUAACAAUGGGGGGCAUUUAAUUUACAUUUACCGGUAUUUCUAAGCUUUCUAAGCUUUUAAGCACCAGUUACAAUGACAGAGAAAAAAAACGUUGGUCGUUUUGUGUAAAUGUGUUUGAUUAAUAUCUCGGAACGAUUUUUCAGAGGAAGCAGCAACGAUGGCCGAUUCAUAAUUUGACCAUUUGUAUAAAUUAGGCAGGGGAUCCCUGAACUUUAAUAUAGUUUUAUAUCUAUAGUUAAUUUUUGUAUAAAAUCUUAAUUAUUUUUCCAAUUCGUUAACCAAAUUAUAUUUACUUUUAUUAUAAAUAAUGACUGUUGAAGCUGUUCCAGAAACUUUUAAAGGAUUCGGAGUUGAUGUUCCAGAAAACUGGAACAAACCAAAGUUAGUUGAAUACCAAAGAAAGAAAAUCAAUCCAAAGGAUGUUGUUAUUAAGAACAUCUGUUGUGGUUUAUGUGGUUCUGAUAUUUUAACUUUAAAAUCUUCUUGGGGUGAAUUCGGUAGAAAUGAUCAAGUUGUUGGUCAUGAAAUUAUUGGUCAUGUCAUUGCUGUUGGUGAAGAAGUCACUGAAUAUAAGAUUGGUGACAGAGUCGGAAUUGGUGCUUACUCUUCAUCUUGUUCUGAUUGUUCAAGAUGUAAGAGUGAUAAUGAACAAUAUUGUACUCAAGGUGUUGGUACUUAUAAUGGUGUUGAUCCAAAAGCUGAUGGUUACAAAACUCAAGGUGGUUACUCUUCUCACUCCAUUGCUCAUGAACAAUUUGUUUUCCCAAUUCCAGAAGCUUUAAGUUCAAGUGAUGCUGCUCCAUUAAUGUGUGCUGGUUUAACUGUUUUCUCUCCAUUAGUUAGAAAUAUUGGUUAUAAUGCUGAAGGUAAAACUGUUGGUAUUAUUGGUAUUGGUGGUUUAGGUCACUUGGCUUUACAAUAUGCCAAUGCCUUAGGUGCUAAAGUUGUUGCCUUCUCUAGAUCUUCUUCAAAGAAGGAACAAGCUCUUAAAUUAGGUGCCCAUGAAUUCAUUGCUACUGGUGAAGAUAAAGAUUGGACUUCAAAAUAUGCUGAUACUUUUGAUUUCAUCUUAAACUGUGCUUCUGGUAUUGAUGGUAUUAACUUAUCUGAUUACUUAAGUACUUUGAAAGUUCAACAAAAGUUUGUUUCUGUUGGUUUACCACCAGUUAAAGAUACUUUUGAAAUCUCUCCAUUCUCAUUCUUACAUCACGGUUCAGCUUUUGGAUCUUCUUUAUUAGGUUCUAAGAAGGAAGCUCUUGAAAUGUUGAAAAUUUCUGCUGAAAAGGGUAUUAAACCAUUAGUUGAAGAAAUCCCAAUCAGUGAAGCUGGUUGUAAUGAAGCUUUAACUAGAUGUGACAAAGGUGAUGUUAGAUACAGAUUUGUCUUUACUGAUUUCGAUAAAGCCUUUGCUUAAAUUACUUUGAAUUUAGUUUAAAAUAGUUUCCUUAUUGUGUAUAGACUUGAAAUGAAUAUAGCUCAUAUUAUAUUAAAUAAAAAAAAUCUGCCAAAGUUACAUGUAUUUAU